AUGAAGCCCAAGCUGCUAUGGACGGACCCGGGCCUGCCGCCGCGGCGCGAGGACAACGUCAAGGCGACGGUCUACGCCAUCGCGUUCCGGCCCGACGGGACGCAGAUGGUCGUCGCCGUGUCGAACCUCGUCCUCGUCUACGCGACGUCCGACGGCGACCUCGUCCACCGGCUCCGGGGCCACAAGGACGUCGUCUACACCGUCGACUACGCGCGCGACGGCCUCCGCUUCGCGUCCGGCGGCGCGGACAAGACGGUGAUCAUCUGGAACCACAAGGGCGACGGCAUCCUGAAGUUCACGCACAACGAGUCCAUCCAGAUCGUCUGCUACAACCCGACGACGGAGCAGCUCGCGUCGUGCACGGCCACGGACAUGGGCAUGUGGUCCAAGGAGCAAAAGUCCGUCACGAAGCACAAGGUCUACUCCAAGAUCUUAUGCGCGAAGUGGAACAACGACGGCCAGUACAUCGCCCUGGGCAUGUACAACGGCCACGUGCAGAUCCGCGAGAAGAACGGCCAGGAGUACAAGGUCAUCGAGAAGACCGCGCCCGUCUGGUGCAUGGCCUGGAGCCCGGCGCGCGACGACCCCUGCGACCUUUUAGCCGUGGGCUGCUGGAACCAGACCGUGAGCUUCUACCAGCUGAGCGGCGCGCAGUACCUCAAGGAGCGGCGCGUCCACUUCUACCCGUGUUCUCUGGGCUACUUCACGGGCGGCCAGUACAUGGUCAUCGGCGGCAGCGACAAGCGCGCGUCGCUCUGCACGCGCGAGGCCGUGCGCCUCAAGAACAUCUGCGAGCUCGACGAGUGGGUCUGGUCCCUCGCGGUGCGGCCGCGCCAGCCCGCCGUCGCCGUCGGGUCCUACGGCGGCGCGAUAUCCAUGUGGACCGUCGAGUUCGACGCCGUCUACGCGCUGGACGGCGACCGCUUCGCCGUGCGCGAGCACAUGACCGACGUCGUCGUCCACCACAUGCAGGCCGAGAAGCGCGUCCGCAUCAAGUCGCGCGACUACGUCCGCGGCAUCGCCGUGUCCAAGGACCGCCUCGCGAUCAUGCUCCCGGACCGCGUGAACAUCUACGAGCUCCACAAGCGCGAGGAGGCGGGCGUCGACAUGCACUACCGCCUGCGCAAGGAGCGCAUCUACGUCUCCGGCGACUGCGGCAAGCUCGGCGUGACGUCGAGCCACGUGAUCCUCGCCCGGAAGAACAAGCUCCAGCUCCACGGCUUCACGAAGCCCAAGGAGCGCGAGUGGGUGCUCGACGCCGAGGUGACCUGCCUCAAGGUCGACGGCGGGCCCGUGGGCAAGGAGGGGCUGCUCGUCGGUUUAGCGGACGGCGCCGUGCUCAAGAUCUACAUCGACAACCCCUUCCCCAUCGACAUGGUCAAGACGUCGGGCGCCGUGCGCUGCCUCGACACGUCCGGCGACCGCGAGCGCCUCGCCGUCAUCAACGACGACGGCCGCCUCCAGGUCUUCGAUUUGAGGACCAAGGACGUCGCGUUCUCCGCCGAGGGCGCGUCCUCCGUGUCCUUCAACUCCCAGUUCGACGACAUGCUCUGCUUUUCCAAGAAGGACGUCGACGAGCUCUACGUGAAGACCGGCGCCCACCCCGUGCAGCAGCACAACAUCCGCGGCGCGGUCAUCGGCUUCGUCGGCGCGAAGCUCUUCGUCGUCGCGGACCAGAACGUGUCCGUCAUCGACCUGCCCCAGUCCGCGGCGCUCGCGCAGCACGUCGACGCCAAGGAGUUCGACAAGGCCCACCGCAUCGCGUGCUUGGGCGUCACGGCCGCGGACUGGCGCCGCCUCGCGAACGCCGCGGCGAAGAAUUUGGACCUCGCGACCGCGCGCGCGUCCUACAUGCGCGUCCACGACCUGCGCCAGAUCGAGCUGCUGAACUCCAUGGAGGUGCGCCAGCAGCAGGCGUCGUCGUCCGCGGCGCUGAACUCGCCGGAGAAGGGCAAGGACGGCAAGGGCCGGCGCGACCGCGGCGGCGCCAAGGACAAGGAGGCGGAGAAGAAGGCGACGGAGGCGCUCGAGCCCCUCUUCCAGGCCGAGCUGCUGGCCUACGCGGGCCUCUACCAGGAGGCGGCCAAGGCCUACACGCGCGCGGGCCACGUGAAGCUCGCGAUCGACCUCUUCGCGGACCUGCGCCAGUGGGAGGAGGCGAAGCUCUUCGCGGCGUCGUCGGACUCCAUCGACACGCGGGACCUCGUGCGGCGCCAGGCGGAGUGGGCCGAGGAGGUCGAGGACUGGGCCGCGGCCGCGGACAUGUACGUCUCCGCGGGCGACGCGAUGCGCGCGGUCAAGCUUUUAGGCGAGCACCAGCAGGGCAACUGGACGGAGCAGAUGGCCGCCAUCGCGCGCAGCGUCACGGGCGAGGACGUGCUGCGCCAGUGCGCGCGCUGCUUCCUGGCCGCGGGCGAGGACGCGCUCGCGCGCGAGGUCUACGCGAAGCUCGACGACGUCGAGGCGCUGCUCCAGCUCUACGUGCGCAAGCAGCAGUGGGCCGAGGCCAUCAAACUGGCCGAGGACGCGUCGGCCAAGUUCUCGAACGCGCACCGCGCCAAGUUCGACCAGACGUUGUAUUUGCCCUACGCGGAGUGGCUCGCGCUCCACGACCGCUUCGACGAGGCGCUCGAGGCGUACCGCAAGAGCGGGCGGCCGGACAUGGCCCAGCACAUGAUGGAGCAGCUCACGUGCAACGCCGUCGUCGAGUCGCGCUUCAAGGACGCGGCCUACUACUACUGGCUCCUCGCGUCGGAGACGCUCCACGUCGCGUCGGGCGAGUCCGGCGACGACGUCGCCGUCGCCAAGAUCAUGCCCGCGUACAGCGCCCAGCUCCACAAGGCGGAUUUGUACUACGCCUACAACUUCAUCGAGUCCUUCUUCCUGCCCUUCACGCCCCUCCAGCCCGAGGUGCUCUUCCAGUGCGCGCGGUUCCUCGUGAACGGCCUCGGCGCGCGCGAGGCGCCCCACGGCAUCUCCAAGGUGAAGAUCCUCUUCGCGCUGGCGAAGCAGGCGAAGCACCUGGGCGCCUACAAGCUCGCGCGCUUCGCCUACGACAAGCUCCAGCACAUGAAGGUGCCCGACGAGUGGCAGGAGCAGCUGGACGUGGACAUGCUCACGAUCCACUCCAAGCCCGUGCGCGACAACCCGGAGCUGCUGCCCGUCUGCUACCGCUGCGGCGCGGCGAACGCGCUGCUGAACCCGGCGACGAACGCGGCGACGCUGUCGAACAAGGUCGGCGACGAGCGGUCGCGCGACGUCUGCACGUCGUGCGGCCACCCGUUCGUGCGGUCGUUCCUCAACUUCGAGAUCCUGCCCCUCGUCGAGUUCAUCCCCGAGGCGCCGCUGGGCGACGACGAGGCGCUGGAAUUGAUCCGCGAGGCGCCGCCGGAGACGGGCCGGGACCGCCGGAAGCUGCGGGGCCAGUGGAACGAGUCGAAGGAGGGCGAGGCGAACGUCAUGUCCAUGGGCGGCGACGACGACGCCUACGACGACGACGACGCCGAGGACCUCUUCAACAAGUGCAUCCACCGCACGCUCUCGAACCAGGAGGGCGUCAACUCCUACGCGCCCGUGACCGUCGACGCGGAGACGCUCCGGUCGCUCCGCCGCGAGCACGUCUUCCAGUGCAAGCCUCGCGCGCCGGGCAUGCGCGCGACCUACUACAAGUCCGCCAUCGCCGACGUCCACAUCGCCAUCUCCCAGUCCUGCCACAGGUUCUUCCACGAGGAGGACUUCGAGUUCCAGGUCCUCCGCGACGGCGCCUGCCCCUUCUCCCGCGUCAAGGACGUCGGCGACUUCGGGCCCUGCUAG